AGAGGGAGAGAUAACUGUUACAUCGAAAAAGGAGGAGGAGGAAACUGGAUAUCUGGUCCCGGUUUCCCAAACGCAUCUUAAGGCAUCCAAUGGUUCUAACGAUGCAUUUAGCCAUAGGAUGGUUUUGAGAAACCGUUCCCUGAUUAACACUAGAGAGAUAUGGGACUAUCAUGGAUCCUCUGAGGAGCCUCAACAACCUCAUGAUGCUGAAGAGGCAGAGAAGAGUCUCUCCAGAUCAGAACACCUCAAGAAACACCUGCAGAGAUCCACAGGGAAGGGAACUCACUGCUGCUCUGACUAUGGGAAGAAAUCCAAAUCAUCGGGCAUUAAAAUUCACCAGAGAACACACACAGGAGAGAGAUCUUAUAGCUGUGGUCAAUGUGGGAAGAGAUAUGCUUCAUCUGGCUCACUGACUAUACACCAUAGAACACACACAGGAGAGAAACCUUAUAGCUGUGAUCAAUGUGGGAAGAGUUUUAGUCAAUCUGGAGAUUUGACAGUGCACCAGAGAAUACACACAGGAGAGAAACCUUAUAGCUGUGGUCAAUGUGGGAAGAGUUAUGUUCAAUCUAGCCAUCUGACUCUACACCAGAGAAUUCACACAGGAGAGAAACCUUAUAUCUGUGAUCAAUGUGGGAAGAGAUUUGCUGCAUCUGGCUCUCUGACUAUACACCAGAGGACACACACAGGAGAGAAACCUUAUAGCUGUGGUCAAUGUGGGAAGAGAUUUGCUACAUCUGGCUCGCUGACUAUACACCAUAGAACACACACAGGAGAGAAACCUUAUAGCUGUGAUCAAUGUGGGAAGAGUUUUAGUCAAUCUGGAGAUCUGACAGUGCACCAGAGAAUACACACAGGAAAUAAAUCUUGUAGCUGUGAUCAAUGUGGGAAGAGAUUUGCUGCAUCUGGCUCUCUGACUCUACACCAGAGAAUUCACACAGGAGAGAAACCUUAUAGCUGUGAUCAAUGUGGGAAGAGAUUUGCUGCAUCUGGCUCUCUGACUCUACACCAGAGAAUUCACACAGGAGAGAAACCUUAUAGCUGCGAUCAAUGUGGGAAGAGUUAUGUUCAAUCUUGCCAUCUGACUCAACACCAGAGAACACACACAGGAGAGAAACCUUAUAGCUGUGAUCAAUGUGGGAAGAGUUUUGUUACAUCUAACCAGCUGACAUUACACCAGAGAACACACACAGGAGAGAAAUCCUAUAUCUGUGGUCAAUGUGGGAAGAGUUUUGUUCCAUCUGACCAGCUGACAUUACACCAGAGAACACACACAGGAGAGAAACCAUAUAGUUGUGCUCAAUGUGGGAGGAGUUUUACUACAUCUAGCUCUCUGACAGUACACCAGAGAAAACACACAGGAGAGAAACCUUAUAGCUGUGAUCAAUGUGGGAAGAGGUUUGUUACAUCUAACCAACUGACGUUACACCAGAGAACACACACAGGAGAGAAACCUUAUAGUUGUGCUCAAUGUGGGAGGAGUUUUUCUACAUCUAGCUCUCUGACAGUACACCAGAGAAAACACACAGGAGAGAAAUCUUAUAGCUGUGACCAGAGAUAGUCUUAUAAAAGAUCUCUGAUCAAAUAUUAGAAAAUACACACA